AUGACCUGUGUCAGGAGGCAUAAGCUCCAAGAAAGGCAACUGUUGGACCUGGUUAAUGAAGGUGUGGGCCAGAUCAAAGUUGCAGGGUUGCGUGACAUUGAAUCUCAACGACGAGCUACUACUGCUACCUUCUCAACGGCCUCCAAGGUCAGGGUGGUCAUCGCCUUGGCCAUCAUCUUGUUCUCCUCUUACCUCAACCUGAGCGUGCUUUGCGAUACCCUAAAGAGAAAGGGUAACGGGAGGUCCCACAUCAGAACGCUGAUCGUCAAUUUGUCCUGCGCUGACCUGCUGGUCACUUUUAUCGUGAUGCCGCUGGACGCUUCCUGGAACAUCACGGUGCAGUGGUUGGCCGGUAGUCCGGCCUGCAAACUCCUCAUGUUCCUCAAACUGUUUUCCAUGUACUCGUGUGCCGUUGUCAUUAGCCUCGAUUGCUACUGUGCUAUUCUGCGGCCACUGGACAUUAGCAGAGCUAACGAGAGGAACCACACCAUGCUGAUCGGGGCUUGGCUUCUGAGCGGCGCACUAGCAACACCACAGGUCCCCACAUCAGUGAGCUGCUCAUGGUUUGAAGUAACCAGCUGGGAUAUCAUAAAAGCUGGCCAACAGUUCAGAGAAGGCGAGUUGGCCAGCUGGGCUGAGAAAGUCAAGUCGGUCCAUCAGGCUGAGGAAGGCAAGAUGGACUGUCUGAUCAAGGAUUCGAGCUGGGCCCAUGGACCGCAGGAGGAGACGGAUUGGUUUGGAAUAGCUAACCGGGUGGCAUGCUGCUAACUGAGACUCGGAUGCACUGGGUUUGGUGCCAUCAUGUUGGUGCAAAGGCGACGUGUAGUGAAACGAUAAGUGACUGUCUUGGAUCUUUCAUUUGUGAUCGCAAGGGCCUGUUGGACAUUGCUUCCCCUGUCUGGCAGUGAGACAGGUCAAAAGGUUGCAGUGUUGCUUCAGCUCUAGCAAGGACUGGGCUUCAUCCUCGGGCUUGCAUUGUAGCAUGGCAUCUGGGCUCAGUUGGGGGUGGACUCUCCCUUCAGUGCUGUCCCCCAUUGUUGGAUCGGUGGAAUUACAGGCUGGACUGCUGGGAUCCAUCAAUUUGCAGGAACUAUUGCUCAGGAUCUUGAACAAAAAAUGUGUUUUCUUUCAAAACUCUGUUCCUUUUUUUCUUUCUUGUUAUUUUGAAC